AGAGGGCUUUAUAAAUAGUUCAGCAGAACAUUUAACUUCAUGGAUAAAGGAAUUGGAAGACUCAAAAUAGCAGGGAGGGCGAAAACCUAAAGAAGAUAAUGCAAACAAAAAGUCAAAAUAUAAACGGAGCUAUGCGUCUGUUCUUGUUCAGCGCUUUUGCAACGUUGUGCUCCCUGGCGACAGGCCAUGCGUGCUCACCUCAGUGCAGGUGUCCUGAAGAGGCACCUCUGUGCCCUCCUGGGAUUCCGCUGGUGCUGGACGACUGCGCUUGCUGCCUCGUUUGCGCUCGCCAGAAAGGCGAAAGUUGCUCAGAGAGAUACCCCUGCGACACCCGUAAGGGCCUGCAUUGCGAUUAUACCGCAGGAGUCAAUGAGCAGACCGGUGUUUGCGUGGCCCGGGAAGGAGACAUCUGCGUGUUGGAUGGCUCCGUCUAUCAAAACGGGGAAACCUUCUUCCCCAGCUGCCAGUAUCAGUGCGCCUGCAGGGACGGAGAGAUCGGCUGCGUCCCCCGCUGUAACCUGGACGUCCUGCUGCCGGGCCCCUCCUGCCCCUUCCCCCGGAGAGCGCGGCUGCCAGGAGAGUGCUGCGAGACCUGGGUGUGCGACUCCAGGGCACACACCUCGCUGGGGGGCUUGGCGAUGGCGGCUUACAGGCAGGAGGGAACGGCUGGAAUUGACAUCUUAGACCCCGGUCUCAACUGCAUCGAGCAGACCACAGAGUGGGGGGCCUGCUCGCGGACCUGCGGGAUGGGUGUCUCAACGCGGGUCACGAAUCGGAACCGACGCUGCGAGAUGGUGAAGCAGAGCCGCCUCUGUCUCGUCAGACCCUGCGGCGAACAGGAGCGAAGUGAUGCCGCCAAGAAAGGAAAGAGGUGCUUGCGAACGAAAAGGGCCCCGAAGCCGACCCACUUCACCUUCAUGAACUGCACCAGCACCCAUGCCUACAGGCCCAGGUACUGCGGAGGGUGCAGUGAUGGUAGGUGCUGCACUCCCCACAGCGCCAGGACUAUCCAGGUGGAGUUCCAGUGUCCACGCGGUGAAGUCCUGAAGAAGCCCAUGAUGUUCAUCAAUAGCUGUGUCUGUCAUAGCCACUGCCCCAGGGACAAUGCACUGUACCACACGGCCGACCCCACAUUCAGUGGUUUGAAGAUGUAGAGAGAAAUGUGACCAGCGGGCUUAAGGUGGAAGUAACAUGUGGAUGUUAAUGUAGGGAAACAAAUUUUCAGAAAAUACCUUAACAAAUACAGUAGCCAUAAUCCUGACCCAACAGACAAUGUGUUUUUCCUACAAUGUAAAUGACUUUUUCUAUACUUAAAAAUGCUUGAGUUUGUAAUUGAUCCAGGGGGAAGAGCACCUCCUGCUGGUCACGACACCUCUUACAGCAGCAGCAGCCUGCUUUUCCCUGGUCUUCCAUCCAUCCAGCUGUUUAGCUUGAUGAGAUUUGACAGUGUUUAGUGUGAAACCAUUACAUAUCUCAAUGACUAAUUAUUUGCUGUAUAUAUUAUUUUGGUGUUUUUGUAAUGUUUUGAUUUUAUUUGGAAGCCUUGUGUAAAUAGAUAUUGUGUGUAUAUAUACACUGUUUUUUUUUAAAUGGACUCAACAUUUUAUU